AACAGUGACGUCACACCCAUCACGCUGGAAGGCCGCCAGGGAGUUACAUAUCGCUGCCAUUUACUCGUUAUAUAGCGUCUUGAAACCUCGCCACUUCACUCCCUCUGUUUCGGCCUCACCAUCACGGAAGUCAUGGCUCUCCCGGCAAGAUCUGGUGCUUUGAGGCUGUGGGGAAUCCUCUGCAGGAGUGAAACGAGAGCGGCGCUGGUUGGCCGUCAUUACAGCAGCGGGGAUGGGGAGCUUCACGAGCCAACUCACAUCCAGGAGCCAACAAUUCCACCUUAUGAGGAGAAGGUCGGAGAACCCAUUCACCUCAAGAAGGCCAGGCUCCAGUACCAGUCAAGGAAACGAGGAAUGCUUGAGAAUGGUUUACUGUUGAGUUCCUUUGCCCAUCGUUACUUGCAGACGAUGAAUGAAGAACAAUUGUCCAUGUAUGAUCGUCUGAUCAACCUGCCUUCAAAUGACUGGGAAAUAUUUUACUGGGCAACUGGUGUACGGGAAACCCCACAAGAAUUUGAUAAUGAAAUAAUGAGUUUAUUGAAGAACUUUGUCAAAAAUUCAGAUAGAGAGAAUAGGACAUUACAGCCAAAUCUUCACUGAGAAGUUACUGCCCUUUCUCAUUUGUAAUAUAUCAAUUGGACUUGUAUUAAGUGUACUAAGAUAUUUAUUUUCUCUUAUUUUGAUGUGUAUCAUACUUUUUUUUAUAUUUUAUAAAGAUGUUAAUCUUUGAUAGUUGUUAUUAGUUAUUCACAUGAGAUGUACAAUGUGAUGGAGUGAAUGAUGGAUUGGUAUAAAUUUUGUGUGUAUUACUGUAAAUAGGUACCUUAAAGAAUUUGUUGUUACACAUGGUAUGGAGAUAUUUCAAGGAUUGUAAUCCAAAAAAAAUAAAAUAUUAAAACACA